AGCCAGUCUUAGAUCGUCCAUUGUACAGGGUGCUUCACCCGAAUCCGCUUUGCUCCUCCAGCAAACAUUACUCGGAGGGGUGGUGGAUCAAUAAAGAUGGAGUUAAACGUAUCCGCAAGCUAUCUGCAGCAAAGAUGGGAUCUGGUUUUAGACGUUGUUGGAGAUGACCCAGAACGGUUGUACGUCUGGGGUUUGUCAAUCUACAUACACGGCCUGUACUGGGUUCUGGGAUCAUUCUUUGUUUUCGUGGAUCUCUUUCAAUGGCCAUCAUUUUUCCGGAAAUACAAAAAUCAACCCGGAAUCAACGAACCCUUGCAAUGGCGCGACCUUCGCAAGAUUGUUAAGACGGUGUUGAUCAAUCAAUUUCUUAUCAGUUUGCCGAUUACGUUCUUCGGAUUUAGAGCGCUUCUUGCUGCUGGCGAAACCAUUGAUGUUCGACAGCUACCAUCUCUAUUCGAAGUCAUCCGUGAUCUCAUUAUCAGUGCCAUCGGCUGGGAACUUGGGUUUUACUACAGUCACCGAUUGCUGCACUGGAAGUAUCUGUACAAACGGAUCCACAAAAAACAUCACGAGUUCACGGCACCUGUUGCUUGGGCAGCUAUCUAUGCUCAUCCGAUCGAGCAUAUCUUCAGCAACCUAUUGCCUCCGCUACUUGGUAUCCAGCUUAUGAGGAGCCAUGUCCUGACCAGCGCCUUGUGGUUGACAUUUGUCAUUCAGGACACCAUCACUGGGCACUCCGGUUAUCAUAUGCCUUUCUUGACCAGCAACGAAGCACACGACUAUCAUCACAUGAAAUUCAACCAAUGCUAUGGAGUGUUUGGUUGGCUCGACUGGCUACAUGGGUCCGAUGAUCAGUUCAGGGCGUCUCGCUAUUAUCAAAGACAUCAAAUGCUCUUCAAUGGCAAAUCGGCUCGCGAGAUUGUACCAGAUGAUAAAAAGAAUCAGGAAAGAAAACUCAAGAGUCACUAGUUGCAAAUAAACAAUGCUGCCACAGGCAGUACAUACAAUUAUCAAACGACCUCUUGAGAUAAAAAAAAGGCGCGGAUAAAGAAACGCAGCAAUGUAUAGUUGAUGGUUUUGUCAUUGUCUUUAAUUGUGAAAUCAGAAGAAUGUACUGAUGCGAUGAA